CAGACUGCAAGUGAAGGCAUCACUUAGUAUUGCAUGUAGGAGUGUACGACAGAACAGAAUCGCCUUCUUUUACGUUUUUGCUUUGAGUUUUUGGCACGUUAGGGGGUUUAUUCAUAUCUUAGGCGAGUCUCCCAGUGAAAAUGCGAAGGGGCAGUUAGUUUGACAUGUUAAGGAACGCAGGCAGGGGCGGGGGCGGCGAACAACAGUCACCGCUCCGCGUUGAGAAAACCAGCAGUUAGAAUCCCGGAACUUGGGCUGUUAAAAACCCGGGCUAAUGUUAGCUAGCUCUGUGUUGACAGCGUGCUUCCUGUCACUCUAGCUAGACUUUAACCGAAGCAACUACAGUUAUUUUCAACCUGUUUAAAAUAGUAUUUAUUUAGUUUUGGAUUUUCCGUCGCUUAUUAGUGGGCUGUAAAUCGUUCGGAGUUUUCGCGGCACUUUCAACCACUUGUAGCUCCCGAUGAUGGCAUCGAAAGGGGGGUUCACGGGUCCUCCGAUGAAUCCGAACAUGAACCCCAUGAAUGUUGGACACCCCGCGGGGAUGAGAAUGCCCGGAAUGCUGCAGCCACCGACGGGUUAUCCCCGAAGUAUUCCCCAGUUUGCCCAGCGUCCUGGAAUGCCACCCGGCCGAAUGGGGGGUCCUAUGGGGGUAAUGGGGGGUCAGAUGCCCGGUCCCUCUUACGGUGGCGGUAGCAUUCCCAUGCGGCCAGGUAUGGGCCCCCCCAGCAUGGACGCGUCGAGAAAGCGUUUUCUCCAUCAGCAGCAGCAGCAAGAGGCGCUGGGAAGCCUCAGACGAGGACCCAAAAGACGCAAAAUGGCCGACAAGGUUUUGCCACAGAGGAUCCGAGACCUGGUCCCCGAGUCCCAGGCUUACAUGGACCUCCUGGCUUUUGAAAGGAAACUGGAUCAAACCAUCGCUCGGAAGCGAAUGGAGAUCCAGGAGGCCAUCAAGAAGCCCAUUAUGCAAAAGCGCAAGCUGAGGAUCUACAUUUCCAACACUUUCACUCCAAGCAAGCCCGAGGGCGAGGAGUCGGAGAAGGUCUCCUCCUGGGAGCUGAGAGUGGAAGGCAAACUCCUGGAGGAAGCCGGCAAGCAGAAGAGGAAGUUCUCAUCUUUCUUCAAAAGCCUGGUGAUCGAGCUCGACAAGGAGCUCUACGGGCCCGACAAUCAUUUAGUGGAGUGGCACAGGAUGCCCACCACUCAGGAGACCGAUGGUUUCCAGGUCAAAAGACCCGGCGACGUGAACGUUAAAUGCACUCUUCUGCUCAUGCUCGACCAUCAGCCCCCCCAGUACAAGCUGGACCCCCGUCUGGCUCGUCUGCUGGGCGUGCACACCCAGACUCGGGCCAGCAUCAUGCAGGCCCUGUGGCUUUACAUCAAGAACAACAAGCUGCAGGACAGCCACGAGAAGGAGUUCAUCAACUGCAACCGCUAUUUCCGACAGAUCUUCAACUGCCCACGCAUGAGGUUCUCCGAGAUUCCCAUGAAGCUGGCGGGGCUGCUGCAGCACCCCGACCCCAUCGUCAUCAAUCACAUCAUCAGCGUGGACCCCACAGACCAGAAGAAAACCGCCUGCUACGACAUCGACGUGGAGGUGGACGACCCUCUGAAGACCCAGAUGAACAGCUUCCUGUCCUCCGCCAACAGCCAGCAGGAAAUCGCCGCUCUGGAAAUGAAGAUUCAUGAAACAAUUGAGUACAUCAACCAACUCAAGACAGAGAGAGACUUCAUGCUGAGCUUCAGCAACAGUCCUCAGGAGUUCAUCCAGGACUGGCUCAAGUCUCAGUGCAGAGAUCUGAAGUUGAUGACUGAUGUGACCGGAAACCCAGAAGAGGAGAGGAGGGCGGAGUUUUACGAGGCGCCCUGGAUGCCAGAGGCAGUGGGCAGAUACGUCUACUCCAAAGUGCAGCAGCGAAGACAAGAGCUGGAGCAGGUGUUGGGAAUCCGACUCACCUGAAGACGCGGUCGUGAUCUCAGGUUUAUUUAUCACGAGAAACGGACGUCCUGCAUUCAGAGGGAUUAUUAUCACCAGUCGGCCUUAAAAUAUUGGUUAGAAAAACCUCCUUAUGUCUUAAAGUGGACAUAGAUUUUAAGAGCCAUGAUUCUAAAGUUCCUAUUUUUUUUGGCUGAUCCAUAUACAUGUUAUUGAGUCUUACACUGUCUACCCCAACUUUAAAAUGUCUUUAAAUUGUGCAAUGAUCACUUAUUAAAGCAUUUCUGAGCUUCCUUUGAAUCUGCUGCCGUUUUGCAGACGAUUUCUCCGUCGGUGCAGGUAAUAUAAAACCGCUUUACUCCAAUUUCAGCCUCUUUGAUCUUGUCGCCUUUGGAGAGUUGUGUGUUGUCAGGGGAAAAGUAUGAAAUAAAAUCAACCCUGGUAGCACUUUUCCCGCUUUUUCUGUCUCCCUUUUGUUUGUUUAAACAGACCUUUCCCGCCUCCGUUCGUCGUCAUACUGAGCCUGUUGAAAUAAUAUCUGCCUUAUAAUGCAAAUUUGUAUUUUUUUUAUGGUACACAAAAUGUUUAAGCACUGGUUCUUGCCAUCCUGUUGUUCUUCAGGUGAUUGUUUUCUGUACUUUUUAAAAGCCAUAAUUGUUCAAUGUACCUGAUGGGGAUAAAUAGCCAUACACUUGCUUCAAAUAUGUGUCUUAUUUAAAAAGAAAAAAAUCCUUAAAAAUAUUUUUAUGCAAUAUUUUAUGUUUUUUAUGUCAUUUUGGGGCUGGGUUUACUAUUAAAAUCAUUUUUUUGUGUCAAAGACCAAGAUUGUCCAAGAAAACAUCACAUAUAUAUUUUAAAAUGGACAGCAACUCUUUUUUUCUGGAAGUUUACAUUCUCUUUUCAUUGAGUGUUGGUGUGAAUUAUUGUUUAAAUUACAAAUUCAUAAACUUGUGUCCAGUUUUGUGAGUUAAAGAAGUUAAAGAAUCCUCAAACCUUUGGUAAUAAAAUAGGAAUUCAGCUUUUUGUGGUGGUUAUCAAACAAAUUCUCUGUAGAAACUCUUCAAACAUUCCAUGUUCAAAUGCCAAAUGUGCUUUGUGAAAAUGACAUGAUCUUUUUGUUUGUACAGCUUCUGUUUGCAUGUUUUUCAGUCAAAAGUCUUUUAUACAUUUUUUUUUUUACAAUAAAUCUACUUACAAAUG